AAUAGGAAAAUAGAUCAGGGACAAAGAAUUUGAUAAAACUUUGUAUCACCUCAACCAUUUUGGAUCGGUUUGCACCUAAGAAACUAUCAAUCUUAUAUAUGGAAAUGAAAAAAUACUCAAAGAAUAUCAUGGAUUAAUAUUUGUUUAGGCUAACUUGAAUAAUGAAGAGAGGACUAUUUUAUAUUAAUAUUUUUGAUGAUUCUCCUAACUUCAAUGCAUAUGAAUCAUUACUGCAUAUUUAUAAUUAAGUAAGUGCAAUCUAUUUUCUUUUAUCCAUAGUAUAUUUACUUGAGUUAGACUCACAUAUUUUGUAAUCAAGUGGUAAUAAAUUGAAUUCAUUAUUCUACCAAUUUUUGGACACUUUAAAAGGAAAGUGCUCAGCUUAAUUCAUAAUUAGAAUAACAAAAUAAUAGGUGGGGUGAUAUUAUCUUUUUUAUCUUUUGAUUGCUUUUACUGCAAUAAAGAUAACUUGCCUUCAAUUUCAGCAGGAACACUCCUAAUCGAAUACAUAUAAGGAGAUAAUUACCUCUAUAUUGAGUUGAGAAUUCAAGUCUAAAUUGGACAAUAUUAUGAAAAAAAUAAAAGUAGUGAGAAG